CUUACUUUCCUCUCUGGAAUAUUCGGAGAAAGCUCUGUGAAAGGACCUUUUGCUCUGCUUACCCGCCCUUCUCUUCUCUUCUCUUCUCUUCUCUCGCCUUCUUUCUUAACAAUUCCGAAGCUUUUAACCCUAGAGAAAAACCAAACAACAUCAACGAAAAAUGGCGUCGUUCCAGGAAGCACCGCCUGGUAAUUCAAAGGCCGGAGAGAAGAUUUUCAAGACCAAGUGCGCCCAGUGCCAUACCGUCGAGAAGGGCGCCGGUCACAAACAAGGGCCCAAUCUCAACGGUCUAUUUGGAAGGCAAUCGGGUACAACUCCAGGGUACUCAUACUCCGCUGCUAACAAGAACAUGGCUGUGAUUUGGGAGGAGAAAACUCUGUAUGAUUACCUUCUCAAUCCUAAGAAGUACAUCCCUGGAACAAAAAUGGUUUUCCCUGGAUUGAAGAAGCCACAGGAACGUGCUGACCUCAUUGCAUAUUUGAAGGAAUCUACAGCACCCUAAAUGGCUUUGCGCACUCUUGGUUUACCUAUUCCAUUUUGCAGUCAUUGGAGAUUGUUUCUCACAGCAAGGAUAUAAUAAAUUCGACCUUGUAGGUCAGCCGUGCUCUUUGUAGAAUGAGCAUUCUUAGUAAUUGUUUAUUUGAGAAGAGGUUGCCAUUGCUGGCAUAUGUAAGGCAUAUUCAAUUUAGACUACAUGAAUUUCUGGUGAAUUACCAGCAUGCAAAUGAGAAUUUUUUUUCAUAUUGUUAAACAGA